AUGUCGCGAGCGCGCGUCGCGAACGCGGUGUCGUCCGCGGCGCGAGCGACGUGGGGGGCGGCGACGCGCGAGAGACGACGACCGAACCUGUUCGACCUCGCGUCCACGCUCGAGGGCCGAGGGAUCGGGCGGGCGUUCGUCAAGCGGUCGUGGACGGCGCGGCCGGAGACGCACGGGAACACGUUUUGGCGGCUCACUCGAGUGCGAACGCGACCGAGUGGACGCUCGGGAGAGGCGUACGGGGUGUUGACGUGGAAGGGACGCGAACGCGAGGGUGAGGAGCGCAUCACGGGGAGCAUGAAGCCGAUUUGGGCGCGCGCGAGAGAGUACGAGGGACGAGGCGAGGACGACGCGAGCGGGCCGGUUUUGAAGAGACCGCAGUCGGUGGAUGUGAUGAGUGGUGAGGAGUGA